AUACAAUAAACAAUUACUAGAACUAUUGUAAAUAUAGACUUUAUGGUAUGUAAGUAGGUGUUUAUUGUAUAUGAAGUUAGGUGUUUAAGAUAUGUAAAGUAGUUGUUUAUGGUAUAAAGUAUGUGUUUAUCUUUUCUCGUGUUUUUUACAUACCAUAAGUACCUACUACACAAACUAUAUAUUAUAAUCACCUACUCACAUACCAUAAGCUACUAUACAAACAAUAUUCCAUAAUCACCUACUCAAGUAACAUAAAUAAAUUCACAUACGAUAAAACCUACUUCACAUACUAUCAACACAUACUUCACAUUCCAAAAUCUAUUGAGCUGCUUAUGAUUUAUGAGAGGCCCUCUCACACGAGUUGCUGAGCAUUUUUUGCUUAACACAAAUUCUUGUGAGAGACGGUCUCUUUGAGAGGCCAUUUUUAAUUUGGUCGGCCUAUUAUAUAUUUUUUUAAAAUAUUGUAAAUAGGCAUUAAGAAUGAUGUAAAUAGACAUUUAAAAUAUUGAAAAUAGACAUUAAGAAUACGAUAAGUAAGCAUUAAGAAUAAUGUAAAUAGACAAUAAAGAUACGGUAAAUAGAUAUUAAUCUUUAAUGAACUGUAUUUUAGAUACGUCUACUAGUUGUUUGCUUAAUAGGGUAUGUAUUGGCUUCGGCUGAGUGCUGAUUUGGGUUACUACCUCUUUUAUGGGUUUAUUCAGCCCAACAUCUAAAAGGUAGAACUCGAUGCCAAUCACAGCCGUUUGGGCCGGGGAAUCCACAGUCCACAGAGAACAGCUCAUUCACUGAAAGUGCUUUUUAAUGAAGGCGUAUAUGCAGCUUGUUUUUUUGUAAGAUAAACUUUUAAAAAACUUAUAUUCUCAUAAAAUAUAUUUGUUUCGGUAAUGAAACGUGGAAGUGGGAUACACUUGAAAUACCUGGAGAUAAGUAGAAGUGUGAUCAAGAGAAGCGGCUUAUGAGAGGAAGCGACCUGAAUUCCUGCAACACGACACGUUAGCCUUGUCCGGGGGGUGACCUCCCGGAAGACCCCUCCGACGCUCAAGUCAGAACGUAAAUCGGAAAUUAAUGAAUGACUGAUCGUGGAAUGAAUGCAAGAAGGAAGGUCGGGAUUGAGAUUGCUAGUGCUAGUGCUAGUGGUUGGGAAGGCUUAAGGAAGUAGUGUAAGCAAAGAUUCUAGGAAAGCUGUUUCAGAUAUCUUCUCCCCUUUGAUGGUUGUCCCUAUUUAUAAUGUUUCAAGGAGGAAGUUACUCCAGAGAGGAAAGGAGGAAGAUCAUGGGAGUAAUGGGCAGCAGCUGGCGGUUAUGAAGGAAAGUGGAAGAUAGUGGGCAGUUAUCUACCUUGGAAGAAGGAUUAUCAAAGAAUGUGGGUGAGUGGAAAGUUGAGUCAAACAGGUGGUUAUUAUUCUGGAGGGAAAUUAGGGCAUCUGGAAGUGAGUAGCUCAUGGGCCAUCCAAGGAGGUCGGGACAUUCAACAAAAAGCCCAUUGACCGAAAGUCAAGGUCAACGGAAAAGGUCAAAGGGUAUUUUGGUAAUAUGAUGCUAAUUAUUAAAUAAAUAAAUUAAUUAAAAAACAGUACCAUGACACUUAGCCCCACGCAUGAAGGGUGAUGUGAGGGGAGAGCCACAACGACUAGAAACAUCCUCCUUUAUGCGGAAAAAACAGGUGCCCAUUGGAGCUUGAUUUAAUGAUCGUAGAGAACAUUCAAAAGCCCCAUGAGGUAAAACAUAUACCCGACCUGGCGAAGCUCCUCAUGGAUCUUGAAAAUUGAGUUUGCAAGCUUUGAAUCGACAGUCCUUGUGCUGAAUUCCGAGUUGUAAUGAAAAAGAUAUGACCUUUUAAGCUUGUCAGGUAAGAACGUAUUGAAUACGGGUCAAACGGGCAUAUGAAGCCGCGGCUUGAAGUAUGCCGCGGAGUAGCCCCAGACGCGUUAUAAUACAACAGCGAAAUAGUGAAUGUGGGAUCUAGAUUCCGCGACAUCAUGUCUCGACCCUUGCUUUCACUGAUAUCGCAGAAAUCAGGUUUUCAACAAAACACCCAAGGAGGGUCCGACUUAUUGACUAUGCGGAUUAAAUCAACUGUCUGUUUUGAACUGAUGCCGCGUAACGCCAAGGGUUUUUACGAAUCGGAUCCCUAGUAAUGACGCGGCAUAGCAUUCUACUCAAGAUAUUUUUACCCCUAUUGUUGAACUAUGCCGCGAACUAAUAGUUUGCGUCUUUACUCACGAAUUCAACACGAGAAUCCCUCUUCAACACUUAGAAUAUUUUAAGAAAGAGAAGGACCCCCUGGGGGUCCGACUUAUCGACCACACGGAUAUCUUUAAAAAUGUUCAGUACUCGGUCAAAGCAGCCCCCUUUAUUCUAGCAUGAUAUGGAAUGAGCCCCAUAACUCGCAUCUUCAAUCCCACGGACACACAUGAGAGAUUCUAUACUUAGAAUUUUUCACCUGGACUAGGGUCAUUUGGGGGUCCGACUUAUCGACCACACGGAUAAAUAUGGGAAUCAGCCACUUUACUCUUCACCCCUCCUCUUUUAUGACGGGGAACCAGCUCGCAGACCCGUGUCUUCAAUCAUACAGAAAUAUGGGACUUCUCUCAUACAUGGAAUUUCUACAUUAUGACUGGGUGCACCAAGGAGUCCGACUUAUCGAUCACACAGAUUUCCUUUGCCCUUGAGAUAUUUUCAUAUUUCCUUCCAUCACAUUUUACCCGCCGUGUCCAUAAGUCGGACGGAGGAAUGGGUAAUCUCUCUAUACUUGAAAUGAUUUUCCUUUCUGGAGGUUCAGUUUAGGGUCCGACUUAUCGACUCUCCGGACAUAUUCGAGUGCUAAAGGACUUGAAUAAUUACCUGCUCCCCCCUACCUGGGGUCUGACUCGUCGCCCCACCGGUGGGAUGGCUUUGACAUUCAAACAAAUUUAUGACGUUCCUCUCUAAUUGGGGGUCCGACUUUUCGACCUUCCGGCUAUAUUCAAGAGUUAACACUUAGAAAAAUUUCGCAACAUACCCUUUCAACCAGGGUCCGACUAAUAGACUUCACGGUCAUUACUUCCCAGUUAUUGGGAGUCCGACUUAUCGACUUCCCAGUUUUCCUCCGGAAUUCCACCCUUUCGUUCGAAUGCUCAAAUCCCAAGUGAAGCAUUUAUUGCCGCUAUAAAUAGGGUAGUUGGAAUAGUUCCAUUUCACCUAAUCUUCAUUAACUCCCUCAAAUCUUCAAAUUGCAAGAAAGAGAAAGUAGAGAAACGCUCGGACAAUCUUCAUCCCUCCUUCAAACUUCUGACAAAUCUUUCGAAGAUCUUCAAGGUUUCUGACAAAUCUUCAUCAAGUUUCUGACAAAUCUUCAAAUUUCUUUAAGGUAUUCAAACUUUCCCAGAUUUUUCGAAUUUCUUCAAGUUAUUCUUCAAACUGUUCUUGAAUGUUAGCCUAGAACUUUGAAUUUGUUUAUGAAUUUAGUCUCUAUUCUUUACAAGUUUCGACUACUACUUUAUUAUUAACAUGGAUGUCGCGGCUACUCAAGAGACUAUAGCUAACUCAGACACCAACCCUACUAACUUGCCGGAAACUCUUUUGAUAGUACGUAGGCGUCUUAAUAAAAAGGGGUUAUCAAUGAAUGACUCGGAUGAAAGUAGUUCGGUGAGAAUUACCCCCCAUUAUGAACCAAUAAAAGAUGGGGAUGAGUCGUCUGUAUCCCCUAUAUACCCUCCGGAGAUUAUAAAAACUGCUCCUUGGGAAGUGAGCGUUGCUUUCUUUCCAAAUUACUUGCCGCGAAUAAAUCCUGACCUAGAAGGGUUAUUGUAUGUAGAUAUGGAAAACCUUGAAGGAUCAGCCGAGUCUUCUGGAAGGGAGAGUGCAGCGCCAGUUCCUCCUCCAUUCUACAUUCCAAACGGCGGGCCCCUAAAUUACUUCAUUGAUUUACAGACCAAAAGAGAUCUAGACAACCGCCGGGAGGCCAUCUCUCAAAAAUGGGGUUUGAAGGAUAAUAUAAACAUUAUUACCCCGGGGAAUUAUGACACCGUUAGGUUUCCUCCCCCACAUUGUAUAGCUGUAUACUUUCCUUCUUUUGAAUUAGGGCUCAGAUUUCCUCUUCACCCGUUUUUUAGGGAGGUGUUAGAGUUUUUGAACAUUUCAGUGCCCGAGUUAUACCCAAACGCCUGGGGUUGUAUGGUGGCCUUUUUGAUCCUAUGCAAAGUUUUGGCCGUGCCACCAACACUCACAGCUUUUAGAUAUAUAUUCAGAGCCCGCCUAUGUAAUUCGCAAUCAUACGGCUGUGGCUGGAUUACUUUUACACACCGUCGAGGACUGAAGAUAGUCCAAGACCUCCCCGAUAACCAGAAGGGGUAUAGGACGAAAUUUGCAUUUUUGUAUAAUUCAGAGGGAUGGAACAUCAAGACCUCUUUUGACAUUAAACCCAACCUUGCGGGUUUUAAUAAUGGGAUCCCGCAGUGUUCUUUUAGUGACGCGGUGAUCAUAGAGUACGCAAAGAUGGACGUUCAAUUGGGAAGGAAACCAAUGAACGUCCAACUUAAUUGGAUACCUGGUCGCCCUGAGUUGGAGAACGAGAACCUCCUCUCGUCAUUCGGCAUCAGCUUGGCUAUCGAUCGGAGGAUAGCCAAGGAGAAUCUUCGAGCAAAGAGUCCGGAGCUGAUGAAGAAAUUCAGCGUUCUAAGACUUGCUCAAGGGGCCAUACAGCGACCCGAGGAUAAGCCUCUUCCCCUUCCUCCGAAGGACUCGGCGACUGUAGAGAAGGGUCUGGAGGACGUGCCCUCAGAGCAAGAGGCUCUCCGACUUCUCGAAGAGAGAAAACAAAUUCACAUCCCCGAUGAAUCUGAUAGGGUGAUUCCUCCACAGACAAGGGGGGUGAAAAAGAGUGGGAAAAAGAAGAGGAAGCGGGAUUCUUCUUCCCGCAAGGAGAGCUCGGCCAAGAGGCCCUCUGUGGGCACGAUUCCUACGGCCGUACCUCUCCGCAUAGGGUCGGUUGAGGAGGAGGCGUCUCCCCCUUCGGACUCUCCACGGCCAGCUUCGAACAAGGGGAAGGAGAAGGUGGGGGAGUCUUCCGCGGCUCCCUCAUCACAAUUCGCUGAGGUUUAUCGUCGUCGGGAAGUUUUCCCUUUUCGACACAAGACACCCUUUCCGGAGUUGGGGCAUAAGGGCUUAAUUGUUCGUUUUAACAGGGCGACGUCCAACUUAAUCAGCAAGGUGGACGUCGACCUACUAGAAUCCAUGCCCCCCCGUGACAGGGUGCGUCAGGCACAAGCUUCGGCGGCAGAGGUAAUGACUUUUUUAUGCUUAGUAGUGUCAUUACUUGGUUUCCGGAUUUCUUUAGUUGCCGUUUCUUUGCAGGCGUUCAUACGGUUGGCUUUUGAGCUCGACGCAAACCGUCAAAGUGCCGCGGACCAGGAAACCAUUGCCGCCCUUACCUCCCGCUGUGAGGAGCUGAAUGACGAAUUAUCAAAAUUGCGGGAGGACUUGCCGGGCCUAAAAGAGAAAUUGGCCAAGUGUUCUGAGCUGAAAGAGCGCUUGGUCAGGACCGAACAAUGGCGGGAAAGGGCAAGGAAGCAGCUGGACCAGACCAUCGAGAACUUAGAUGCUGCUUCCACCUGGUCUGCGAGCCUCGGCCAUGAAGUCGGCUUGCUGAUGGAUACCCAUGCCAAGCUCGUUCAUCAGAACCAGCAACUUAUGCAGCAAGUAUCGACUGAUUCUGCCCACUUCAAGAUGAUCCUAUCCGCGGCGAAGGUGUAUAAAUUGUGUUUAACCAGGAAGGCCCGGAUGGCUCGAGAUUGGCUUCUUUCGGAUGAGCCGGAAGCGUCGAAGUUUCUUGGAGAUCUGACGGCGGAGAUGGUGAGAGCCGGAACCCUGAUCAGUGACGAAAAGUAUCGUUUGGCUGCCGCAGAGUUGGGCAUGGAUUUUACAUCUCUUCAGCAAACUGCUGAUCAGAAGGGAAGUGAAGCCUUGUCCAACCUUACUCCUGUCUUGGACGGGGAGUCGGCGGUACUGGUCGACGCUGCUUGGGAUGCGGAUGAAAGGAGAGCCUGGUCCGAAAGGAUGGAUGCAGAGGCUGAGAGGGAGGCUUUAUGCCUCGACUUGGAUCAGCUGGCUCUCUCUUCUCCUCCGGCGUCAGAUGUCCCGGAAAACUUGACGCUCUCCAACCUGGAGGUUUUGUGCCUUGAUUUAUCGAAUCUUAUUAUUGACGAAGGUAGGAACCUCCAGGGCUUAUCCCGAGAGCUGUCCGAGAUCGGGGUGGAGCCGUUUAACGUUGAAGAUUAUGUAAGCUUCACUCCCAGUCUUGAAGAGGGAAGGAUCGAGCCUCCUCUGCCGCCGGAUCAAGACGUCGAGGCUUUUUUGGAAGAUGUAUAAUCUUGCAAUUUUGUAAUUUUGAUUUUUGCAAACAUUCAACUCUGUAUUUUGAAUAUUUUGAUGUAUAUAUCCCUGAUUAUGGAGUUUAUUCGUGGUGUCCAUGCUUUUAUUCGUUGAGCCGUGGCUUCUCUUUUCCGAGGCUGCGGAAUAAUACUUAGAGGACGUGAUUUUUCGAUGUCACGCGCAGGCGACAUCAAGGAAAUUUGUACUUAGAAUAUUUUCAGCCUUUAGACCCCAGUAAGGGGGUCCGACUUGUCGAUGUCCCGGUUGCGGGUUAUCUUAUUGGGAGACUUGAGAUUUUCUUUUGAACUCAGGGACCCCAAACUGGGGGUCCGACUUAUCAAUGUCCCGGUUGGGAAACAUCUUUUGGAAUAUUUUGAACUUUAGGGACCCCAAACUGGGAGUCCGACUUAUCGAUGUCCCGGUUGGGAAACAUCAUUGUGAAAACUUAGAAUAUUUUGAACUCUAGGGACCCCAAACUUGAGGUCCGACUUAUCGAUGUCCCGGUUGGGAAACAUUACUGUGAGAACUGAGAAUAUUUUGAACUAUAGGGACCCCAAACUUGAGGUCCGACUUAUCGAUGUCCCGGUUGGAAAACAUCAUUGUGAGAACUUAGAAUAUUUUGAACUAUAGGGACCCCAAACUGGGAGUCCGACUUAUCGAUGUCCCGGUUGGGAAACAUACUUGUGAGAACUUAGAAUAUUUUGAACUAUAGGGACCCCAAACUGGGAGUCCGUCUUAUCGGUGCUACGAACGGAUGUCAGAUAUUUCAAGUGAUUUUUGGUCUUGGAACCCUAUCCUAAGGGUCCGACUUAUAGGUAUCACAAGUUCGUUAGUGACAAAAUAAUUUGAUAAUGGGACCCCUCUCAAGGGUCCGACUUAUGGAUAUUACUGAUUUAAUAAGAUUUGCAAAAGAAUUUUACCAAACAUUUGCGAACAUAAGAGCCGGAUAAUUUGAAAAUAAAACCUGUUUAUUAAUGAUUGUUAAGGAUACAAGUGACGAUUGAAGUAAUUUUGAAUUACAACGCAAUUAUGUUGCGGAAGGACUGUAGUCGCGGAUUGGUGCUGAUGAGUCUGUCCCUGAUGAGGCUGUUUAUGCUGAUGCUUGUCGAUUGCCCCUUGCAAAUUUUAUUAAAUGAAGAAUUUUUUCAAAUGGUCUCCAUUCCAUGGUCGGGGUAGUUUUUUCCCUUUCAUGUCUUCCAGUUCGAAGGUUCCUGGUUUGACGACGUGGGUGACUCUGAAAGGUCCGUCCCAGUUGGCCCCUAACUUUCCUUUCUCCACGAUUUUUCCCGUAGCUUCUACUUUUCGGAGGACUAAAUCACCAAUUUGAAUGCGUCUGGUUUUGACGUGGCGAUUGAAGCUACGGAUCAUCUUUUGUUUUUGUGCUAUUGAUCUCAGCAGUGCGUUUCCUCUUGUCUCUGGCAGCAGAUCUAAGUUUGCUCUUUUACCUUCCUCAUUUUCGUCGUGUGAGUAGUAGGUGACCCUUGUAGAGGGUACGCCUAUUUCAACUGGGAGCACGGCUUCAGAUCCGUAUACUAAAGAGAAAGGUGUAUGCCCCGUUGAGUCUUUGAUGGUUGUUCGACUUGC